AUGUCAUCAUCAAGAGCUCUCCGCCUUCAAUCGGCCCUCCGAAACCCCACCUUCCGCACCUCCGCACAACUCGCCUCCCGCCGGGGCUACGCCGUCAAGGAGCCCCCGGCACCAAACCCCAUCAACCCGAGCGGUUCAGCGCCGUCCCGCCCAACACCGUCUCAAGCAAACCCCAAAGUCGGAACCAAGCCAGAUGAGAUAAGUAACAGGAGCGCACUCUACCUCGUCCUCGGCGUCGCCGCAGCACUAGGCGGCACUUUCGCCUUCCUGACCGGCGCCCCAGACCGCGCAGCAGGCGUCGCGGACGCCGUCACCCGCGGCGGUGGACCGUCCAUCACGCCUGGCCUGGGUCCCAAACCUUCGAGCGAGCGGAAUUUGGAGAACACAACCGGACGGGAUGCGAAUCGGCAGACGGGGUUGGCGGGGAUAAAGAGCAAGCAGACAGAUCCGAAUCAGCUGCAGGCGAGCAAUUAA